AUGCAAACUCCACACAGAAAGGUCCCAGCCGGGAUUCGAGCCGGGGCCUUCUCGCUGUGAGGCAAGAGCGCUAACCACUGCGCCACCGUGCAGCCCCGCUGUUAAAGUUUCAAAGACAAAUCUCCCUUUUUAUUCCUACUAAUGUGCGUUACCUUAAUGAAUACAGAAUCAAAUAAAUACAUUCAAUCAUUUUCUUUAUUUUCCCCUUUCAUUUCAUGACAUCCAAAAAUAAUAAUUGUAUUUUGCCUGCAGACUGGGAUCCUGUUAGAUUUUGGCCCUUUGAGCCCUUUAAAAACUCUCUUAACUUCAUUAGAGACUUUUACAAACUAGAAUAACUUUUUCUCUUGUUUCUUCCUGACUGUGCAUCCCUGGAAAGACUCAACAGCGCCAUCUGCUGCUGAACAACCAUGGACUCUAACUUGGAGAUGAGAACGAACUCCUCGAUGGACGCUCCGGACUCCUUUAACGUCUCGCUUCAUCCACCAUGUAGGAUCUCGCUCCUCAUCCCCUACGUCUUCGAAGGCUUCAUGUUCACCAACUCCAUCCUCUUCCUCCCCCUGUGCUCCCUCGUCAUCUUCGUGGGCUGCCAGCGGUGGAGGAAGCGGCACCACGCCUCCUCAGAAGCCACGCAUCCCUUGGACAUCUUUUGCUACCACAUGGUUGCCAUGGACACCAUGGGGUCCCUGGCCGGUGCCUGUCUGUGCAUUGGUUUUAACAUCAGUGACCUCCACAGCUUCAUGGUUGGCUCCUGGAGUAUGUUUUACAUCCUUUCCUGUGGGAAGAUUCAGUUCCUCAUGUUGACCUGUGUUGAGUUCUACCUGGCUGUCGUCCACCCGGUCCUCUACCGGAGUCUGAGGAGUCCGUCUGGGGUCCGGAUCAGGAACUUCUGCGUGGCGUGGGUUUGGUUCCUGUGUGCUCUGUGUGGAGUCAUCAGCAGUUUUUCUGACCUGUCUAUGAUCCAGAAUCUGUUCUUCUUCCUGGUUGGAUUUGUGCUAGCUGUUGUGUUGUUCUGCUGCCUGUCGGUUCUCUGGACCCUCAGACACCAGAAGGUCAAGGAUAGGGUGGACCCGUCAAAGAAGAAGGCGUUCCUCAGCAUUGUCUUCAUACUGAUGGUGAUCUGGCUGUGCCUGAUCGCCCUGUUGGUUUUUCAGGUUCUGGAUGUUUCCUUUAACACGAACAAUCUGUGCGUGUCAACAUCGUUCAUGUACUUCUUCACGCUGCCCUGCAGCCUGGUGCUGCCUCUACUCUUCUUGCAGAGAGCCAAAGAGUUACCAAAACUGAGUUUGGGGAGGAGGUGCCAAACACUGAAGUUGUGUUUAUCUUAGAUUUUCUUUUGCUUGAACUAAAUGACCUUUAAACCAUUGUAAAAUGGUUACUUGGUGCACUGUAUCACAUUGUUUUCAGAGGAAUCAAAAUCUAUCAUUUUAGAAUCCAGUGUCUUGGAAGUUUACCAGAAGUCUCUGCAAUAAAAUAGUUUAAAUAAAUGGUCACUAGACUAAAUAUAGACACAAUGCAUUGUUAUUUUACUUUGACAAACAGUUCACGUCAUAUUUGACUUCGUAAGGGAAAAAAGUAUCAACUAGGUGUCCGCAUUGUGUUAAAGUCCAGGACUCCUGGUAGGUUACCUGG